AUGCAUUUUUCUUUGAAGCAAUUGGCUAUCGCAGCGUUUUACGCUACUAAUCUAGGGUCUGCCUAUGUCAUCCCUCAAUUCUUCCAGGAAGCCUUCCAACAAGAAGAGCCGCUAAUUGAAAAUUAUCUUCCAAAAUUAAACGACGAUGACAAUUCUGUCGUUGGGGCUAACAUCCCCAAGCCACACAUUCCUUACUUCAUGAAACCUCAUGUGGAAAGUGAAAAAUUGCAAGACAAGAUCAAGGUGGACGACUUGAACGCCACCGCUUGGGACCUCUACCACUUGGCCAACUAUUCUACUCCGGAAUACGGUCACCCUACCCGUGUAAUCGGGUCAAAGGGCCAUAACAAGACCAUGGAGUACAUCUUAAAUGCAUUUGAUGGCAUGCAAGACUACUACGAUGUUUCUUUGCAAAAUUUCGACGCGCUAUCCGGCAAAAUCAUCUCUUUCAACCUUUCUGACGCUGAAACGGGCAAGAGUUUUGCUAAUACCACGGCUUUCGCGUUAUCGCCACCUGUAGACGGCUUCGUUGGUAAACUAGUGGAAAUCCCCAACUUGGGGUGUGAAGAAAAGGAUUACGCUUCAGUGGUCCCACCAGGGCGUCAUGAACAGCAAAUUGCCCUCAUCGAGAGGGGUAAGUGUCCUUUCGGUGACAAAAGUAACUUGGCCGGGAAGUUCGGCUUUGCUGCUGUAGUCAUUUAUGACAAUGAACCUAAAUCUGAAGAUGGGCUUCACGGCACUCUAGGCGAACCUACCAAGAAUACUGUGGCCGCUGUCGGUGUCCCUUACAAAGUGGGUAAAAAAUUGAUUGCUAAUAUUGCAUUGAACAUCAACUACUCCUUGUAUUUUGCUAUGGACUCUUACGUGGAAUGGAUCAGGACCCAAAAUAUCAUUGCUGACACUAAGCACGGUGACCCAGACAACAUAGUUGCUCUUGGUGCUCAUUCUGACUCUGUUGAAGAAGGCCCAGGUAUCAACGAUGAUGGCUCCGGUACUAUUUCACUGUUGAAUGUCGCCAAGCAAUUGACUCAUUUCAAGAUCAACAACAAGGUCCGUUUCGCGUGGUGGGCUGCUGAAGAAGAGGGCCUAUUGGGCUCUAACUUCUACGCCUACAAUUUGACCAAAGAAGAGAAUUCCAAGAUCAGAGUCUUUAUGGACUAUGACAUGAUGGCCUCUCCAAACUACGAAUACGAAAUCUAUGAUGCUAAUAAUAAGGAAAACCCUAAGGGUUCCGAAGAGUUGAAGAACUUGUACAUAGACUAUUACAAGGCCCACCAUUUGAAUUACACCUUGGUUCCAUUUGACGGCAGAUCUGACUACGUCGGAUUUAUCAACAACGGCAUCCCUGCAGGUGGUAUUGCCACUGGUGCCGAAAAGAAGAACGUCAACAACGGCAAAGUCCUAGACAGAUGUUAUCAUCAAUUGUGUGAUGACGUCUCCAACCUAUCCUGGGAUGCAUUUGUCACCAACACCAAGUUGAUCGCACACUCCGUGGCCACUUACGCUGACUCUUUCAAAGGUUUCCCUAAAAGAGAAACUCACAAGCACCAAGAUGUGAAUGCAUUAAACGCUGGAGAACCACAAUUCAAGUACAGAGCCGACUUCUUGAUCAUUUAA